UUUUUUUUUUUUUUUUUCCUUUUUUUUGGUGUCUGUUGUUUACUGGUACUGCGCUUGUCCUCGGUAUCCCGUGGCUUUGUAUAUUCAUACCAACAUAUGAGAGGGUAGUCCAAUGUUGUUGGAGAUCCUUUCAUUUACCUAUAACAUAUUGAACGUCAACACUUGAAACGGGUAGAACAGUUUUUGUUCGUCGCGUUUGUUCUUUCAUUUUCAUUUUUAUUUUUCUUCUUUUUUUUUCUUUAAUACUUUUAUUUACACUUCCUUUUCACGUGUGAUUUGUGUAAGGGCAUAACUUUUUGAUCAUUUGAAUAGUCUCGCUUUCUUUUUGAGAUAAUUCAUUACAAUCCUUGCAGCAAUAACCAGUUCUUUUCUUAAAAAUUAAGUUGGAUUCCAUCUUGUUUUACGCUGGUUUCCUAAAAAAGAUUUUGGUUGUCUGUGUUGGAUAUCUUCAUUCCCUUCUCAAACGCUGUUCUUUAGCACUUUAAUUUCGCAAUUUUCUCAUAUUUUUUCAACUUGAAUACUUUUUUCUUGUUCCACUUGCUUUCUUCCAGUCUUACUUGCACAAUUCGUUUUAUUAAAGUGCAAUUUGACAAGACACUACCUGCUCCUUUGAAUUUUUCCAUUCCAUUCGUUCAUUUUUAUUCACUCUUUUGUAUUUGAUAACUUUUGCUACAUAUAUUGUCAAAAAUUCAUCGUCCGUUGAUUACUUUGAUAAAUCUUUGGAUAAUAUUAAACGAACCCAAAGAGUUUCUAGUUCGCUUUCCCACUUUUUGUACGAAAUAUUCUUUUGAAAAGCGUGCAGCAACGAGUUUGAAGUUUCUCUGAUUUUCCUUGCUCUGAUUUUCACCCAAAAGAGCCUUUGUUGCAGUUUUGCAUUUAUCUUGUAUAUACACUAUAUACCUUUUGUAUAUUUUGAAGAUCUAAGUAUCUUUUCUUGUAACUUUGGAUUCGCUCUUGUUUUCAUUUUUGAAAAAGCAACUUUUGCGAUUCAUAUAUUUCUUAUUCUUUAACGGCAUACGUUCUCUAUUCCCUUUUUAUUCUUCUUCUCUUUUUUCCUAUUUUCUUUUUUGCUUCACUCCUGAUGUCUUCUGGUAGUCCUUCUAGUCAAUCUCGUCUUUCCGUUCCCGGUAGGACUCCUCAGCCCCAUUUACCCCCUUUGACAAUUCCACAUAGUAUGAACGGAGAGGGCAACAUUGCUACUCCUAAUACACCUCACGCACUUUUACCUACAGGUCUUCUCGUUGGAAGCCCUUUUGUACAAAGUCCUACGAGUUAUACUCCAAUGCAGGGUUUGCCAUUUGGUGCCCCUCAAAUGGCUGCACACUCACCUCAUCCUAUACCCAAUUAUAACGUCUCUCACGUUACGAGUCCAAGCGUUCCAAGUUUUGCUCCUGGCUAUUACCCUGUGCCCAGCAAUCCAACCGGACAACAACCCGUGAAGACUGUGUAUGUUGGAAACCUGCCAUCUGGAACACCCAUCGAUGAAAUUUUGUCUUGUGUACAUACCGGCCCUAUUGAGUCAGCUUGGAUUUUGCCGGAGAAAAAUUGUGCUUUCAUAUCGUUUCUGGACCCCACCCAUGCUACUGCUUUCUUACAAGAAUCCCAUAUGAAGCGUCUCACUAUCCGAGGAGCAGACGUUAAAGUAGGUUGGGGUAAGAACUCCGCUUCUAAUUCUUCUGUUUUAAUGGCUGUUCAACAGUCCGGAGCUUGCAGAAACGUGUUUCUUGGUAAUCUUCCCAGCGGCAUCACCGAUGAGGAAAUUCGAGAAGACUUGGAGCCUUUUGGUCCUAUUGACCAAAUUAAAAUAGUUGUGGAUAAGAAUAUUGCUUUCGUUCAUUUUCUCAAUAUAGCAGCCGCCAUCAAGGCUGUGCAAAAUUUACCAUCCAAUCCCAAGUGGGCCAAGCGAAGAAUAUUUUAUGGUCGUGACAGAUGUGCCGGUGGUUCCAAGCAGCAGUCUUAUAAAAGUCAAUUAGGUGUCAUAUCUCCUAGUUAUCCAUUCAUGGGAUAUCCACCUGCCAGUCCUGUUAUGGGCAAACCUGACAUAAUAACAACUGGCAAUCGAACUGUUUAUAUCGGUAAUAUCCAUGCAGAUACCACUAUUGAAGAAAUCUGUAACACUGUUCGUGGUGGUCUGCUUCAUAAUAUCCGUUUUCUUCCCGAAAAGCACAUCUGUUUUGUAACAUUUGUCGACCCUGUUUCAGCUUAUCGCUUUUUCGAAUUAACUAGCAUUAAUGGGUUAGUCAUUCGCAAUCGUCGUCUAAAAAUUGGAUGGGGUAAACAUAGCGGUCCACUUCCUUCUAACAUUGCUCUUGCCGUUGCUGGUGGAGCUAGUCGUAAUAUCUAUAUUGGCAACGCUGAUGACUCUUUAACGGUAGAGAGACUUAAGCAAGAUUUCGAGGAAUAUGGCGAGAUAGAGUAUAUCAACCUUUUCCGCGAAAAGAAUUGUGCAUUUGUGAACUUUACCUCUAUUUCCAAUGCCAUUUAUGCUUUGGAAUGCAUCAAACAGAAGAGUGGAUACGAAAAUUUCCGUAUCAGUUAUGGUAAAGACAGAUGCGGUAACCCACCAAGGACAAAUUCGAAAUCUGACGUCUUGUCUGUUUCUUCUGACAUGAGCAUGCCUAUCGAUGUCGUUGUGCCUCAAUCGACCAUACCGGGUUUUAUGCCAGCUAAUGCUAGCGUUUAAUUUCCCUUGUUUGUCAUGAUUCACACUCGUUUUAUUACAUUGUUUUUUUUUUUUUUUUAAAAAAAAAAGAAAAACUAUGGCAUUACAUUCAUCA